UGAAGGGGCGUGGCCUUCAGUUGCCCGUCUAAUUUUAUUGAAUAUAUUUGUAAACACGCGAGAAAAUUCACUCCUUUAGGUUUUGCAUUUUAGCCAAUUUUUUUGAAGAUUUGUAGACUGAUUUAAAGACGAUAUGGGACUGAUGACGAUCUUGAAGAAAAUGAAGCAGAAGGAGAAGGAAAUGAGACUGCUCAUCCUAGGCUUAGACAAUGCUGGGAAAACGACAAUUUUGAAAAGGUUUAACGGAGAGGAAGUGAACACGAUUUCCCCGACGUUAGGAUUUAAUAUUAAAACUCUGGAGCACAGAGGUUACAAGCUAAAUUUCUGGGACGUUGGAGGACAGAAAUCUCUUCGUUCCUUUUGGCGAAAUUACUUUGAAAGUACAGACGGACUAAUUUGGGUGGUGGACAGUGCGGACAAAAGGCGGCUCGAGGACUGCUGCAGAGAGCUGCACAGUUUGCUUUCUGAGGAGAUGCUUGCUGGAGCGACACUUCUAGUCUUUGCUAACAAACAAGAUUUGCCCGGAUCGCUUACAGCAGAGGAAAUCAGAGAUGUGCUGCAGCUGGAAACAAUCAAAACUCAUCACUGGCGAAUUUUGUGGUGUAGUGCCUUGACAGGAGAGAAUCUCUUGCCGGGAAUGGAUUGGUUGAUCGACGACAUUGCAGCCAGGAUUUUCACUUUGGACUGAAUCUGCCAUUAUUAUCCACGCCUGCACAAGAUCUACUUGCUUUGCAUAGUCCAUUCGGUCCAUUCCUUUGUAAGUUGUAUUGAAACAAUAAUUUAUUUUAAUUUUUAAUGUUAUUAAAGCUUAAAACAUAAACGAGAAUGUUAAUAAACACAAUUAAAUACUGAGA